AGAGCUGACCGAUAGAGCAGAUAGCAGACCCCGAUCAGGCUAACUCGCUCUCGGUUUGGAUUUUGGGAUGACAACUCGUGCGGCUGCGCGGAGCGCUCGUGCCUCCAAAACUCUUACCUUCAAGAGUGGUUUGACUCUAUGGUUGGUGAUAUGGCUGUUGGCAUGUCGCUGUGCACCAGGUCAAGCAUGCCCCAGGUUGUGUGUAUGCUACCAUAUGCCCAUGACUGUGAGCUGUCAGUCUCAGAACUUCACUUCUGUUCCUGCCGGUGUGCCCUAUGACUCCCAGCGUGUCUUCUUGCAGAACAACCGUAUCACUGAGCUCAGAGCGGACUCUUUUGGCUUUGAAACACAGGUCCUUUGGCUGUACUCCAAUAACAUCACAUGGAUCGAAGCAGGUGCAUUCAGUAAUCUCCGUGUACUAGAGGAACUAGAUUUGAGUGACAAUCCAUCACUGCGCAGGUUGGAUGGGGGUGCAUUCAGGGGGCUGGAGCGCUUGCAGAGCCUCCACAUGCACCGUUGCCACCUGACCGAGCUGCCUGCUGACCUCUUCCACAAGCUCUACAGCUUGCAGUUCCUCUACCUGCAGGAAAACCAGCUGACAAACCUUCCCGAUGGCCUCUUCUCUGAUCUGGUCAACCUCACCCACCUUUUCCUGCAUGGCAAUCGCAUUCGGACUGUGUCUGAAAAUGCUUUUCGUGGUCUGGUGAAUCUUGAUCGACUGCUUCUGCAUGACAACCGCAUUCGGCAAGUCCAUCGGCGCUCCUUCCGUGACCUGGGCAGGCUGACCAUCCUCUAUCUCUUCAACAACUCUCUGCAGGAGCUUCCUGGUCAGGCGUUAAGGGAUACAUCAUCCGUGCAGUUUCUCAGGCUCAAUGGAAACCCCUGGACCUGCGGUUGUGAAGCAAGGUCACUCUGGGAGUGGUUCCGCAAAGCUCGGAUUUCCAGCUCAGACCUAACCUGCUCUUCACCAGCCCCCCGUAAAGGCCAGGACCUGAGAUUCCUGCGGGAGCUAGACUUUGCUCUCUGCCCCUUGCCUGACCCAGGUUCCAUGGCAGGCACUACAACCACCACUUUCAGCACCAAAACACGUUGGUGGUUCUCAAAGAACAAGCCAGCCUCAUCAUCCAAGAGCCACUUUCAUAAGAGCAGUGAGACCUUGAAGGCCUUCCCAUUCAACUCUGGCAAGAAUCCCUCAUCUUCAUCGACUUCCUUCUCAUCCAAGUACGAUCUCACAGCAGAGGAGGCUGCCUUACCCAAGCUGGAGCCUGAAGAGUACUGGGCAAACUAUGGAAAUGAGGAUGCAGCCUCAGUUCGCUGUUUCGAACUUGAAUGUCCACCAGGUUACGACUCUCCCAUUCUCCCAUCUUCCUCUUCGUCUUCACUUCUGUCUUUCCUCUCACUCACAGCACUGACUCUUUCUUUCCAUCUGCUCUUCGGCUGAGUCUUUUUCU